UCCGCUCCAGGUACGCGAGGCCGCGGCCUUCAUUCCUCUGCGAAAGCAGACUGGAGAUGACAAAGCAAAGAAUCCACGAACUUGAAGAUAAAAGAAUAUAAAUACUUCAAUCUGAGCAAGAGAGGAAAAAAUAUUGACAAAAAGAGCAAAGAAUUAAAGCCUUGUGGGACAAUAUCAAUUCUCAUAAUCAUGUCAUUAGAGUCUCAGGAGAAGAGGAGAGGAAUAUUUGUGUGGAAGUACUGGCUGAAAACUCCCCAAAUUUGGUGAGAUACAUUUACAGAUUCAGGAAGCUUGGUGAAUACCAAAUACCAAAUACAAGAAGCUCAGAAUCAUUUCUGGAUACAUCAUAAAGUUCUGAAAGUCCCUUGGAUGAUUAGUGAUUCUUGUUGCUUGAUAAACCUGAUCAGACAAGUCUAAGCUGGAAGACUGCAUUCAUGCCGAGUAUGUGCCCGAAGAAACAUGCACAACUCACAGUGCUUAGACACAACUCCUGGAGCACCUUAUAAUAGGGAGCUGUGCUUUUCCAGUUACUGCAACACAUGGCAGCAUGAACAGCGAAGUCUCCUGCAACACCCCGUAUCAAGAGAUGUGGGAAGUCCUGAAUGGCAACCAGCAUAAGCACUGGAAGUUUUUGGAGACUGCAGAGCUGUGCCUCUCGGACAAAUGCUUCUCAGGCACCAUCAGGCUUAACUCACGCCCUGCUGCAAAUUCUCCAUGUGUGAUUUAGGGAACCAGCAGUACUGUGAUGAGGCCAAGGCUGUGGAUAUUUCCCAUAUGGGCAUUGAGGCACUGAAGACUCACCAAAAGUAAAAAUUAGUCAAGAAAUAUGAUGUCUUUAUGGCUUCAGAAUCUCUGAUCGAGCAGAUCCCACAAAUUCUGGGCCCAAGCCUGAAUAAGGCUGGCAAGUUCCCUUCCUUUCUGACCCGCAAUGAGAACAUGGUGGCUAAAGGGGGUGAAGUGAAGUCUACAAUCGAAUUCCAGCUGAAGAAGGUCUUGGCCUUUCUCUGGGAAAAGGAGGAGAAAAUGAUCAAGUUCCAGGAGCCAGUGAUGUUUAAGGAUGUGGCUGUGGUCUUCAGUGAAGAGGAGCUCGGGCUGCUGGACUCCACCCAGAGGAAGCUGUACCGAGAUGUGAUGCUGGAGAAUUUCAGGAACCUGGUCUCUGUGGGGAAUCAGUUCUACAAACCAGAGCUUAUAUUCCAACUGGAGAGGGAAGAAAAGCUUUUGAUGAUGGAGACAGAAACCCAGAGAGAUGGAUAUAUAGGAACCAAGAGUCAACAUAAUAUGGAGAGUAAUCAAGAAGUGGGAUUAGGCUACAUUUCUCCCAAGGAGCUUUCAUCCUGGCAGACCUGGCAACAAGGUGCAGGUAGUUUAAUAACCAAGUGUCAAGAUUCCAUGAAAAAACUUCAAGGGAAUAUUUCUCAUUUGCAAAAACAAGGUGAUUUCCCCUGCCAGGUUUGGGCAGGAGUGCCAAUUCAUAUAUCUGAAGAUGAGAACUGUAUACUGACUCAUAUAGAGGAUGUUUCCAAUUGCCUAAAAAGCCAAGAAUUUCCAUCUUGGAGAGCCCAGCAUUCUUGGAGGAAAAUGUAUCUGACAGAGUCACAUAAUUAUCAGUGUAGGUGUCAGCAAAUUUUGAUGAAAAAUAAUUUCUGUAAGUGUGACAGCACCAGUUGGGUCUCACAUCACAAUGAUAGUGUGGGAGUACACAGAACAGAAAAAAAUUACAGCUGCCAUGACUGUGGAGAGAACAUCAUGAAGGUUUCUUUGCUUAAUCAAGACUUAAUACAAAUAGGGCAAAAGCCCUACCCCUGUAAUGAGUACAGAAGAGCCUUCAGUGAUGACUCCAGCUUAGAAGUUUAUCAGAAGUUACAAUUAGAAGGGAAGGGCCACACCUACAGUCCGUGUAGAAAGGGCUGUAGUUACAGUUCAGCUCUUUGUAUUCAUCAAAGUGUUCAUAGAGGAGAUGGUUGUGUUUUUGAGAGUUCACAUCUGCAGUCCCAUCAGAGAAAACCUACAGAAGAGAAGCCAUGUAAGUGUGGAUAUGGUGAGAGCUUCAGUCAGUGCUCCUCUCUUAACACUUGUGAACUUAUUCACACAGGAGAGACAUCCUGUACAUGCAAUAUUUAUGAGAAAGACUUCAGUCAUAGCUUAGACCUUAAUAGUAUUUUUAGGGUUUGUACUGUGGAGAAACCCCAUGAAUAUGAGGAGAAUGGGAAUGUCUUUAAUCAGAGUUCUUGUCUUCAAGUCCACCAGAAAAUCCACACUGAAGAGAAACUAUACACAAAUGUGGAAUAUGAGAAGGGUUUUAUUUGUAGCUCAAAUCUUAACAUUCAGCAUAGAGUUCACAUGGAAGAGAUUCCUUAUAAUUCCGAGGAAUGUGGUAAUGACUUCAAUCUGGCCUCACAUUUUCAGGACCUUCAGAUAGUCCACACGAGGGAACAACCAUAUAAACAUUAUGCAUGUGGUAACAGCUUCAACCAAAAUUCAUAUCUUCAAGGUCAUCAGAAAAUUCACAUUGGAGAAAAAGCUUACAAGGAUUGUGGGAAUGGCUUCAAUUGGAGUUCAAAACUUAAAGAUCGUCAGAGAGUCCACACUGGAGAGAAGCCAUAUAAAUGCAAUGCAUGUGGUAAAGGGUUCAGUCAUAGAUCAGUUCUUAAUGUUCAUCAGAGAGUCCAUACAGGAGAGAAACCUUAUAAAUGUGAGGAGUGUGACAAGGGAUUUAGUCGGAGUUCAUACCUUCAAGCCCAUCAGAGAGUCCACACUGGAGAAAAACCGUAUAAAUGUGAAGAGUGUGGGAAGGGCUUCAGUCGCAAUUCAUACCUUCAAGGCCAUCAGAGAGUUCACACUGGAGAGAAACCAUACAAAUGUGAGGAGUGUGGGAAGGGCUUCAGUCGGAGUUCACACCUUCAAGGCCAUCAGCGAGUCCACACUGGAGAAAAACCGUUCAAAUGUGAGGAGUGUGGGAAGGGAUUCAGUUGGAGCUUUAAUCUUCAAAUUCAUCAGAGAGUUCACACAGGAGAGAAACCCUAUAAAUGUGGCGAAUGUGGUAAGGGCUUCAGUAAGGCCUCAACUCUUCUGGCCCAUCAGAGAGUCCACACAGGAGAGAAGCCAUACCAAUGUGAUGAGUGUGGUAAGAGCUUCAGUCAGAGAUCAUACCUUCAAAGCCAUCAGAGUGUCCACACUGGAGAGAGACCAUAUAUAUGUGAGGUAUGUGGGAAAGGCUUCAGUCAGAGGGCAUAUCUUCAAGGUCAUCAGAGAGUCCACACUAGAGUGAAACCAUAUAAAUGUGAGAUGUGUGGGAAGGGCUUUAGUCAAAGUUCACGCCUUGAAGCACAUCGGAGGGUCCACACAGGAGGGAAACCAUACAAAUGUGAAGUAUGCACAAAGGGCUUCAGUGAGAGUUCACGCCUUCAAGCACAUCAGAGGGUCCACACAGAAGGGAGGCCCUAUAAAUGUGAACAAUGUGGUAAGGGUUUCAGCGGGUUUUCAAGUCUUCAGGCUCAUCACAGAGUCCACACUGGGGAAAAACCAUACAAAUGUGAGGUAUGUGGAAAGGGCUUCAGUCAGAGAUCAAAUCUUCAGGCUCAUCAAAGAGUCCACACAGGAGAGAAACCAUACAAGUGUGAUGCAUGUGGUAAGGGUUUCCGUUGGAGCUCAGGUCUACUUAUUCAUCAGAGAGUCCAUAGUGGUGAUAAAUUCUAUAAAAGUGAAGAGUAUGGUAAGGAUUAUCCUUCAUCAGAGAACCCAUACAGAAAUGAAGUUCUAUAACAGUUCUGUUUGUUUUGAAGUCCUCAAAUAGGAACUGAAAUUUUCAAUGCACUAGAGUUCUUAUAGUAGAAAAAGAAUUUCUUUAAUGAAAAUGUAAUGCAUUCACAAUAGUCAGACCACACAGCAGAGAUAUCUAACAAGAGAGUUUCCAUAAUGGGUUUUGUGACAACUUUAACAGGCAUUGCACAUGACUUAAUUAUCAUUGUACUAGGGCUUAUAAAAGAUAAGAGUAACAAAAAUACAAUGAUGAGUGUGUCUAAAUCCAUGUCCACUCUAACAUAAGCUUUAGUGAGAGAAAGGGCUUCAUUCAUUGCUGAGUUACAAAACCAUGACAUUGCAUAACUCAGUGCAGGUGCUCAAUACUUUUUGCUAAAUCACUAAAAAUGUAUAAAAGUGUCAUAUUUGAAAAUUUUAUUAAGCUCCUUCCCCACCCCCUACCAAGAAAACAAUUUAAAAAUGUAUUUGGAGGAAGAAUCCUGCAAGUAAUCUUAAUAUAAGCACUUCAAGUGGGAAAAUUUACUUGAAAUGUAGGAUAGAUUCAAGGAAUACUGCAAUGAAAUUACAUGAAUUUGGCUGUAACCUUGCUGGAAUUGGUUUCCAUCCUUUGUCCUAUCUCAAGCAGGAUAAGCUAAAUUCUUACCAUUUGGUCUCUUUCUAUACAGUAUACCAUCAGUUUAAGUUUAGCUGUGUGUUUGUGUGUGUGUAUGUGUGUGUGUAUGUGUGUGUGUGUAUACACAUAUGUGCACUUUAAAUGACAGUACAAACUGAUAAUGUUUUUGGUUACACUGCAUUUUACGUAAUUGACUUUCUACCCCUGCCCUGUGUGUUAAGGCAGAGUUUUACUGUAAUAUUUGCAAAGUGUCAGAAAUGGUUACUAAUGAAAAAUACUUUCUUAAUAAAACUCAAAAUUACAAUACUUUGGUUUUUUUAGUCUCCAUAUUGACAUCAAAGUUCUUUGGAUCUAACCGAUUUCUAAGAGUUAAAUUAAAGCCUUUGUGCAAUUCAGACCUCCUUAGACAGAAUCUGUGAUGCUUUUGGAGGGCUUUAAUUUUAUCAAAUUCUAUAUCCUUAUCCUCCCAGUCACACAAAGAAAGGAAAAAUCUGGGAUCCCUGGGUGGCGCAGCGGUUUAGCGCCUGCCUUUGGCCCAGGGCACGAUCCUGGAGACCCGGGAUCGAAUGCCACGUCGGGCUCCCGGUGCAUGGAGCCUGCUUCUCCCUCUGCCUGUGUCUCUGCCUCUCUCUGUGUGAUUAUCAUAAAUAAUAAAAAUUUAAAAAAAAAAAAAGGAAAGAUCUUGAAUUUCUCUAAACAUCUUAUCAAAUAUAUUGGUUACAUAAGAUAGGAUUUUUUACUUGUUGGUCUCUAUCUUACAAAAACAAUACAUUCUGUUGGGAGUGAAAAAUACACAGGUUUGUUAGACAAGUGUCAUAAUAUAUAUUAUAUAUAUAAUUAUAUAUUUAAAUAUAUAUUUUAUAUAUAUAAUGUGUAUAUAUAAUAGAUAUAUAUGUAAACGUGCAUACCUACAGGAAAUACAGAAUAAUGUAUGAUAAAGCAAUUUUAAUAGAAAAAAUUUUACAAUGAGGGUAAUUUUUUAAACUGGAAAUAAAUAAGGAUUUGAAGGAGUUUCUCCAAGUUCCUAUACUAUGGAGUUAUAGAAAGUAAGGAAUUGAUCCAAAAUGAUAGGAAGGAAUUGCACAUAUUGUGUAGUGAAAAUGUGUAUUGUACCUUCAUAAUAUCCAGCUAAUUUAAGUUUGUAUACAUAUAUGUUCAAAUACAUGUUUCAUAGAUGAUGUAUAAAAGAUUACUCAUAAUCAUGUAUACAGUGGUUUUCUCUGACAAGCAAGGUUUUGGCUUAAUCUUUUCUUUCUUGUACUUCAUUUAAAACUUUUUUCAACUAACAUUUACCAGUUGUACUGAAGUAAUAAACUACUGAGAUAUCAUCCUUUAUAGGUAAGAACUCAUAAUAUGAUUGUUCUAUUUCACUGGGUGGCUUUAUAGCCAAAACUAAAGAAUAAAAAUCCCUGACAUUAAUUUUCAAAAUUCCCUGGGUUAUUGAGGAUACAGAUAAAUUAGGUGUCAGCACCUUUAUCUUUCUGUGAAAUUUCUUUAGAUCUCAAAGAUCAUGCAGCCUAGAAUGCCCUAGUACAAUUCAGUAGUGUUAUAAAUUGGUGCAUUAUAAUUUUUCUAUCACGUCCCUCAUUGGAUGAACAAGAUGACCAAGGGACUCACCUAACCUGGCUUCAAAGGUGCUAGUUCAAAUUGCACAAUAUCAUUAGAAACCAGGGCUUCUAAUACAUUUCUUUACUAUCAUUGUUUAUAAGGGAAGAUUAUGAGAGCUCAUGGUGGUUUUAUCAUUUAGGGUGCUCUUAGUUGUAAGUAACAAGAAAUGUAAGAAACAAGAAAUGUAACAAGAAAUGUAAAAAGAGUUGCCUAAACCAAAAAUAUUUCUCAGUUCAUAUAAAUGAAGAGAUACAGGUAGGGUAAGACUUGGGUCUGGGUCAGCCAAGGAGGCUUUGUAUUGCUUUUCUUUAAUUCUCUUACCUCUGUCCUUGUGUAUGAACUCAUCUUUAGAUUGCUCACAACAUGGCAGUAUCACCAUUUUUGCUCAUAGCUGAGGGAAGAGAGCUUCUGUCUCAUUUAGGAUUAUGUAGUCCUAGCUCCCACAAAUGCAUAAGAUCUCUGUCGUCUCCAAUCCCCACUCAAGACUGAGACUAAACCAAGAUGAUUAAAAAUAUCCCUCUUUCCUGUAAAUAGACUAGCUUGCUCCUAGUGAUAAGCAAUAUAGCAGAUUACACUGGGAAAGUGGCAAGAACAUGGAUCUCUGAGAAUCCUGGGGCACAGAUACAUAGGGAUGGCCAAAAGCUGAGGGUGAAGAAGGAACAUUGAGAAAAAUCCUCCAGCACUCCAGUCCCUACCCUAAGCACCAGGUAACAUUAGAAAAAUUUGAAGUGGUGUACUAAAGAUAACUAUUACAACAACAGAAUUUAAUUCCAACUUAAUUCCUGACCAGAUUGCUUCACCCUAACAUCCUAGCAGAAUAGCAGUGCCCUAGGCAAAAAUAGUAUUUACUUCAGUCUCCACUGUUUCAUACAUGUUAUUUGGCAUGCAAUCAAAAAACUACAAAAUGAGAAGAACAAUCAUCUGGCAAGCAACAGCAGACUAAUUAAUAAACCAUGCAUUGAGAUGAACUAGUUUUGGAAAUAUUAGAGAAUUUUAUGUAACUAGUUGAUGUGUUGAGUGCUUUUAUGAGAAGGACAGACAAUAUACAUGAACAGAUGGGGGUUUCCAUGAAUAUUAACAAAGAAUCAAAUAGGAAAUGCUAGAAAAAAUUUAUCACAAAGGAUGCUCAUGAAGGACUCAACAAAACAGAAUAGUCAGAACUUGAAUAUAGGUCAAUUUAAAUCAAACUAAAAAAGUGUGAAGGAUACAGAAGAGAGUUUCAAAGAACUGUGGGAAAACUCUGGUCUAAUAUGUGUUAAAUUAGAAAUCUAGGAAGAGAAGAGAGCAAGAAUGAGAAAAUAAAUAUUUGCAGAUAUAAUGGCUGAGAAUUCCCCCCCCCCCCCCAAAAAAAGACCUCUACCAGAUCCAAGAACCUCAGAG